AUGAAGGCCUCCCCUUUACUGCUAUUUUUAGCAGGAGUGCAGGGGCAAAGCGCCUCUGGGACUGCCAGCAACGGUGCCAAUGCUGGUAUACAGAAUUUGAGCUUCGGUUUUGAGCGAGCCUCACGAUGCGCCGUUGGUACCCAUAAUUGCCACGAAGAUGCCGUGUGCACUUUCCGACGAGGAGCGUUCAGCUUCCAGUGUACUUGCCGAAACGGUUACACCGGUGACGGCGAGCACUGCGAGGACGUCAACGAAUGUCUCACUGGACGACACGAUUGUACCGACAACGAAGCUUGCAUCAACACCGUCGGUAGCUACCACUGCAAGGCCACCAAGGGCGGUUCUCGAACAAUUGGGGCCGCUUGCUACGAUGGAACUCACGCUUGCGUUUCCACUGCUACUUGCGUCCCAGACAACAACGAAAAAGGAUACGAUUGCAUGUGCUUCGAAGGCUUCGGCGGCAACGGUUUCAAAUACGACACCGGAGUCGGCAUGCCCGGCUGUACUGAUGUUGAUGAGUGCGCUGUCUACAACACUUGCAACCAGCUCGGCCAGAAGUGCGUCAACACUUACGGCUCCUUCGUCUGCUCCGCUCUCCCAGAUCCCUUCCACGUUUGCACUGCUGGUGCUCAUGAAUGCCACGAGAUGGCAAUCUGCAUCCCAGAUGCUUCCAAAAAGCGAGGUUACGACUGCGAGUGCGUCAGCGGCUACAAGGGUAACGGAAAUGCUCAGUACGUCGUCUCCGACGGUUCUUUGGUCUUGACCUCUUCCGAAGAGAUCGCUUACGGACCAAACGGACCAAAGGGUUGCGUCGAUAUCGAUGAGUGUAAGACCGGAGCUCACCAGUGCGUUGGUCAAACUUGCGUUAACCAGCCAGGUGGAUUCUACUGCUCAUCAGAGCCAGAUCCAAACAGCUAUUGCGCCGCUGGUAAUCACGAAUGUCACCACGACGCUGUCUGCGUCCCCAGCGAUGCUUUCCGAGGAUACGACUGUAUCUGCAAGGACGGUCUCGUCGGCAAUGGUAACUCGAUGACCGCCAACGACUUCUUUGGUGAUAAGCAACGAGGCAAGAAGGGCUGCCAGGACGUGAACGAAUGCAAAAAAGGAACUCACAACUGUAUCCCCGAAGCUGAAGUUUGCCACAACGUCCACGCCAACCAAGGUAAAUUCCUCUGCUUGGAGAUUGCGCCACCAAAGGUCUGCUCCGCUGCUGGUCUCUGCCCAGUUGGAUACUCCUGCUACGAGCAAUCUACUUCGCCAUUCUACGCUUGCGUUGAUGACAACGAGUGCGAUCUUGGCCUCCACGAUUGCACCGUUCACCAGUCUUGCGUUAAUUCUGCUGGUAGCCACUACUGCAUCGGUGUCGCUGAUCCCAAUAACGUCUGCAACAUCGAGGACAAUCCAUGUGCUGACGAUCCAAUGGGACUCACUACUUGUGUCGUUACUGACGGUUCCUACACUUGCUCUGACCCAGACAACUGCGCUGUUGGUGCUCAUAAUUGCCCAGUUGGUUCUUUCUGCGUUGACCUUGUUGGAACUUACGAAUGCCGAGAUCCCACUCACCCAGAUCCUUACGGUCUUUGUGAGAACUACGAGUGCCAAGAGGGUGCUACUUGCCUUGUCUCUGACGACAAACUCAGCCGAACUUGCGCUUGCAACGUUGGAUACGCCGCUGAUCUGACCGGAGCUUGCAUUGACCAGAACGAAUGUGACAUGAUGGCUAGCCCUUGCCCAGGUCUUGGUGAUGUUUGCGUUAACAACGUUGGAUCAUACGAAUGCAUGACUGCCGUUGAGUUCUCAGACUUCAUCUGCAGCACUGACGGAUGUGAUCUUGAUACUGCUGUCUGCACUGCUGUUGGCGAUAUGGAUGCCUACGUUCGAACCUGUGUCUGCCCAACUCACUACGUCAAUGACCUUACAACUGGUCAAUGUGUCGAUGAAGUCACUUGCCCAGCUUUCUGUACCACUGGUUGGUGCAUUGAGGGUAUUGGUGAGGCUUCGCAAUGCGAUCUUGCUGAUGAUCCACUCAACCUUUGCGGUCUUGAUAUCAGUGAUUCCAGCAACCCAUGUGGAAUCGGCCAUCUUUGCCAGGUUGAUGCUACCGAUAAGACUGUCUACACAUGCACUUGCAGCGACGCCACUACUUACUCGCUCACUACCCUUGCUAAUGGCAACCCAACUUGCGAGGAUAUCAACGAGUGUGCUGAUGAGUCUUUGAACAGCUGCAGCAUCUUCGAGGUUUGCAAAAACCUUGAUGGUGGUUUUGACUGCGACUCUAACCCCGAUCCAUUCGGAAAGUGUCAGGGCUGGAACAACAAGUGUGCUUCUGUUCCAGAAGCUACAUGCGAAGUUUCUGCUGAUAAGAUGUCAUCUACUUGCCGAUGCCCACCUGGAUACUACUGGGGUGUCGACUGGACUGGUACUUGGGGAUGUAACGACAUCGAUGAGUGCUCAACCGGAGAGCACAAGUGUACCUCCCAGGAAUACUGCGCCAAUAUCCCCGGUUCUUACACUUGUCUUCAACACGAAGGUCCAUGCGCCUUCGGUGCCCACGAAUGCCAUGCCAUGGCCAUCUGCCGACCUUCCUACGCUAAGCGAGGUUAUGACUGUGACUGUAUCAACGGUUACCACGGAAACGGAAACCGACAGGAUGGCCGACAGCUUGCCUAUGGACCCAAUGGACCAAAGGGAUGCGUCGACAUCGAUGAAUGCAAAGCUGGAACUCACCAGUGUGUUGAUGGACAGACCUGUGUCAACCAGAUUGGUAAGUACGAGUGCUCUGUUGGAUACGAUCCUCUUCGAGUCUGUGCUGCUGGCGCUCACAACUGUCACCCACUUGCUGCUUGUAUCCCAACUGAUAGCAAGGCCGGUUUCGAAUGUACCUGCAAGGCUGGAUUCUAUGGAACCGGCAAGUCUGAUGGCAUCUCUUACCAACAAAACCCUGCUGGAUGUGUCGAUGUUGAUGAGUGCGCCACUGGCAGAGACAAAUGCUCUCCCCACCAGCAGUGUGUCAACCUUAACGGUGGAUACUCUUGCAGCGGAGACUACGAUCCAUUCAACAAAUGCGCUACAUCAACUUGCCAAUCUACUCAAGAAUGCGUUCCCAACCCAUAUGUCUACUCUGGCUUCUCUUGCCAGGAUGUCGACGAGUGCCUUGAAGGAACUCACACUUGUACUCCAAAGCAGCUUUGUGUCAACACUAACUUCGGAGCUGGAUUCGUCUGCCGAGGUGAACCAGAUCCAGAACAAAAAUGCGCUCCAGGUUCCGCUGGUGAGAUGGAAUGCUCUGCCCAGAAGUCUGCUUGUAUUCCUGCCAUGAACCUCAAGGGAUUCGAGUGUAUCGAUAUUGACGAGUGCUCUGGUAGCUUUAACCCAUGUGCUGCCGGACAGAACUGUAUUAAUCAAGUCGGUGGCUACGUUUGUACUACCGAUGCUGAUCCAUUCAACGUUUGCGAUGUUGCUUGCGUUGUCAAUGCUGACUGUACCCCAUCUGAAGAUUUUAUGUCUCCAGUAUGUGAGUGCAAGGAUGGAUACAUUGCUGAUUUGGCCCUCAAUGAUUGUGUCAACGUCGACGAAUGCAAAAUGGACUCAACUAUCUGCGAUUCUGUCCCAGCUUCUGUCUGCGUUGACAAUGACGGAAGCUACUCCUGCUCUACUGAUGCUGAUCCAUUCGGUCUUUGCACUGGUACCAAUCCAUGCAUUGCCCCAGCAUCUUGCUCAGUUAAUCCUCUUGACAAGACUGUUUUCACAUGCGAUUGCGGUGCUGGGUACCAACAGGACUCCGACUUCACUUGCGCUGAUAUCGAUGAGUGUGCCACCGGCGCUCUUACUUGUCCUCCAUCUGAUGGUAGCGACCCAACUGCUGUCUACUGUGUCAACUCUGACGGCGGUGCUGCUUGCAGCGCUGAUGCUGAUCCAUAUGGAGUCUGCGCUCCAGGAGCUCCCGGAGCUACUGCUUGCUUCCUCAACGGAGCUUGCCAACCCGAUGACGCUAACAACCGAGAAACCUUCAUCUGCGUUUGCGAUCCUGGAUUCAACGCUGGCGGUCCACUUGGAAGCUGCAUUGAUGACAACGAGUGCGAUAACGGUAGUUUUGAUUGCUCUGCCGUCCCAGACUCCGUUUGUGUCAACACUCCUGGCUCUUACGUCUGUGAUGACUCCGCCGAUCCAUUCGGAGUUUGUGCCGUUGGCGCUCACAAAUGUGGUCAAUUCGGUACCUGCGUCGUUGGUGCCUCCAAGACCGAUUACACUUGCACUUGUUUCGCCGGAUUCGAGCUCGACGUUUCUGGGCCAACCUGCGUCGAUAUCGAUGAGUGUUUGACUUCCCCAUGUGUCGGAUCUCCCGAUGGAGAAGACUGCGUUAACACUGAAGGUUCCUUCGAGUGCCGAGAUGCAAGCAACCCAGAUCCAAACGGACUCUGCGAUCCUACUAACCCCAACAGUCUUGUCUGCAUCGGUGUUGGUGCCGAAUGUACUCUCACCGCUGAUCUUGGUUCUGCUUUCUGCGCUUGCCCAGCUGGUUUCUUCUACCAGGAUGGAAUCGGUUGCGUUGAUAUUGAUGAGUGUCUUUUCCCACUUAUGAACAUCUGCACCAACAGCGAAAAGUGCGUCAACACUGUCGGUAGCUACAGCUGCCAGCCAAGCGACGAUCCUCUUGGACGAUGCGAUGGAGUUACUUGUGAUGCUAAUGCCGAGUGCUACCCAGCAUACAACACCAAGGCCGGAUACGACUGCGUCUGUAACGUCGGAUGGUAUGGAAACGGUAACUUCCAGUUCAGCCGAACAGUCUUCGAUGUUGCCUUUGGAAACAACGGGCCAAAGGGCUGCAAAGAUGUUGACGAGUGCGAGCUCAGAAUGCACAACUGUGAAGCUACUGGCCAGUUCUGCUACAACACUCCUGGAAGCUACACCUGUACUUCCGAGCCAAACGUUGGACACCCAUGCCAGACUGGACAGCACGAAUGCCACCACUUGGCCGAAUGCCAGAUCAGCUACACCAACAAGGUUGGCUACACUUGCGAGUGCCAGCAAGGAUUCCGAGGAAACGGAAAGAAACAAUACUCUUAUGCUACUGGAGGCGAAAUCUUGGAAGGAGGACCAAAGGGCUGCGUUGAUCUCGAUGAGUGUAAAUUCAACUUGGACAACUGCCAGCACGGCCAGAUCUGCUACAACAACAUCGGUAGCUACCACUGCUACGGUGUCGCUUCUGCCGAUCCUUGCCAAGGAUUCGCUUGUGAGACUGGACUUCAAUGCCAGGUCAACAGUGCCACUGGCGCUGCUGAAUGCAUGGACACUAACGAGUGCUUGAAUCCAAGCAUUUGCCCUGCAGGAACCCAAUGCUCAAACUCUUACAAAUCCUAUUCUUGCAUCCCAAGCUCCAUCCCCAUCAAUCGAUGUGCAGCUGGUAACCACGCCUGCUCUUCUACUCAGUCUUGCGACGUCAAAAAUAACCAGGCUGUCUGCGUCGACCGAAACGAGUGCUUCGACGGAUCUCAUGACUGCACUGCUUCUCAGAACUGCUUCAAUACUAACCCCGGAUUCCUUUGCUUCAACGACGCUACAAACGCCUGCAUGGGUAGCUUCUGCCACUCUGAUGCUACAUGCGUUGCCAACAGUUUGUCUGCCAACGGUUAUGAUUGUGUCUGCAACUCUGGAUUCACUGGCAGUGGCAAGCCUGUCGCUGGCGGCUGCGUUGAUGUAGAUGAGUGUGCUGCUCCAUCUAACCCAUGCUCUCUUGACAAGAUCUGCCGAAACAUCGACGGCGGUUACUACUGCGCCAACCCUAUCCACACUGGUGAUGCCUUCGGUGUCUGCAGCUAUGGCGCUCACGACUGCGACGAUCUUGCCGCAUGUGUUCCCGAUCAUAACGCUAAGUCUGGAUACCAGUGCAUCUGCGCAGCUGGUUACAAAGGAAAUGGCAAGGAGCAACAAUCCACUGAAAUUGAUGGCGUUGCCUACGGAGGAGCCAAGGGCUGCGUUGAUGUUGAUGAAUGCAAACUUAACGUCGAUGAUUGCUCUGCUUACCAGUACUGCUUCAACCUCGACGGAGCUUACACUUGUCUCGGUGAUAGUGAUCCUUUCAACGUUUGCGCUGCCAACCCAUGCAGUGCCGGAUUUACUUGCCAGGCCGUCCCAACUUACCAGGGAUACAAAUGUAUUGAUGAGAACGAGUGCAUGACUGGCAACAACAAUUGUGAGGUCAACCAGUUCUGCCUCAACUUGCCCGGUACAUUCGCUUGCCAGGAUACUGACCCAAUCAUGGUCAUCGGCCAGCCAUCCGGUCCACUUGAUCCAUCUGAUCCAGCUAACCCAGACACUCUUUACCCUACUGCAAACCCACCAUUUGUCCCAGAAGCCGAACCAUGCCUUACUCAUACUUGUGCUGAUGGAUGGAAGUGCGUCAAUGUUGGUGCUUCCCCUCUUUGCCUCGAUAUCAACGAGUGCUACGAAAACGACCAUGCUUGCGGAUGGGGACAGAUCUGCUCUAACUUCCCAGGUGGCUUCUUGUGCUUGGAAGAUCCUGAUUACGUUUGCCGAGAGAAUGCUCACACUUGCAAUUCCCUGGCUACUUGCGUUCCAAGCAGCGCUGAUAAGCGAGGCUACGAAUGCAUGUGCCCCGAUGGAUAUUUCGGAAACGGAAACAACAAGCCCAACGAAGAUGAUGCUCGAUCUGCCAAGGGACCUAAGGGGUGUACCGACGUCGACGAAUGCGAGGACCCAAGUGUCUGUCCAGGCGAAAUCUGCGUCAACUUCCCAGGAUCUCAUGUCUGUCUUCCAGCUGAUAGUGAUGUCACUGCUUGGGAACAUAGCACCCCAUGCUUCGACAACGACUGUGAUGACAACGCUGACUGUAUUCUUAACCCAUAUUCUCCUCGUGAAUACGAUUGUGUUUGCCGAACCGGAUACAAGGGUAACGGAAACAAACAGGCCGGCCGAGGACUCACUCCAGCUUACCAUGCUGGUCCAAAGGGGUGUGUCAACGUCGAUGAAUGCUCAGAGAUGACUCAUACUUGUGGAGCUACUGAGGGUUGUAUCGAUACUGAUGGAGGUUUCCUCUGUAUCAACGAUCCAUACGGUGUCUGCAAGCCAGGCAAGCAUACCUGCAACGCUGGUUCUAACUGCAUGCCCAAGCCAGGUGCUCUCUGGGAUCACGAAUGCCACUGCAAGGAUAACUACAGAGAUGACUGUCUCUACCAGUGCGGCUCCAGUUACACUUUCUGCUACAGAAACUGUGUCAUCAAGGCCGGCGGCAGUGGUAACAUUUGCGUCGAUGUCGAUGAGUGCGCGGAAGGCAUCCAUGACUGUACUAAUAGCAUUGACUACCCAUACGAUCCGCUUACUGAUGUUCCACCAGUUUACAAACCAGUUUGCGUCAACCGAGAAGGUUCUGGAUUUGAAUGUUCUUAUGACGCUGAUCCAUUCCAGUUGUGCGCUGCUAACGGUCCAUGCCCAGUUGGACAAUCUCUUUGCUCUACUGAUGUCUCUCUUGAGAACCGAGACGUUGUUGUCUGCACUGCUGAACCCGGAUGGGUCCAAGACACAACUACUUUUGCUGAUGACGGCAUCUGGAAGUUCGUCAACGUUGAUGAAUGUACUGAUAUAACCAUCUGUGACUCAUUCAACGAUGGAACCACCGACUGUACUGGAAGCAUUGGUGAUUGCAUCUGCAUGGAUAACGAAGGUAGCUACGAAUGCAACAUCUCUGCUGAUCCACACGGUCUUUGCUCUGCUCCGGAUAACUGGUGUACUCUCAACGGUUUCGGCUGCCUUAUUCGAGGUGCUGCCAAGGACGAAUACUACUGCGACUGCGGCGCUGCAGGCCUCAUGGCUGAAGGCACUGUUGAUGGUGUUGCUGGAUGUGUUGAUGUUGACGAGUGUGCUGAUGCUUCCACUAACAACUGUGGCACAGUUGGUGGCUGGUGUGUUAACACAGUUGUCACUGAUCUCGCCGCUACUGUUGGCUUUGAGUGCAGCACCGAGGAUGAUCCACUUGGUCUUUGUGACAACAUGGACUGUGGUGCUACUGACGCUGUUGCCAAGCGAGGUGAAUGUGUCGUUGAUGCCACCCAGAAGGACAUUGCUUUCUGCCAGUGCGAACCUGGAUUUGAAGAGAACAAUCCUGGCCUCGCCACUGAUUGCCUCAACAUUGACGAGUGCAUCAACCCACUUGCUUGCGAUGGUGUUUUGACUGCUGCUCACGAUUAUUGCAUCGAUACUCAUGGUUCAUUUGAAUGCACAGACGAAGUCGAUCCUAACAAGAUCUGCGUUGACCAACCAUGCGGAUGGCGAGGUGUUUGCACCAUCAUCCAGCCAGAGCGAAAAGAGUUCGCCUGCGGAUGUGAGCAAGGUUACGAAGAUAUCUGCAUGCUCAAGUGCUUCCACGAGCGAGAUCCUCACUGCUACGCCUCAUGCGUCCACUCUCUUUACGGGCAACCACGAUGCCAGAACAUCAACGAAUGUAUUACUGGCGACCACGGCUGCAUGGCUGAAGAAGAUUGUACUGAUCUUGAUGGUAGCUACACUUGCGUCGACAAGUGCGGCCAGGCUGAUAACCUUUGCCACGCCAAUGCUACUUGCGUUGCUGACUACUCCGAAGAUGGAUACCACUGUCUCUGUGCCGAAGGUUUCCAUGGAAAGGGUAAUCGACUUGCCGCUGUUGGAGGUCUUUACGGUCAGGGUUCAUACGAAUCUCCAGAAGGAUGCGUCGACAUUGACGAGUGCGAGCUCGGCCUCCACAACUGCGUCGUUGACGUCUGCAUCAACACUGAAGGUAGCUUCUACUGUACUAGCGAUCCAGAUCCACUCGGCGUCUGCGACUUCUCUCGACACAACUGCCAUCCUCUUGCCACCUGCAUUCCUGAUGAAAACAACGAGCUUGGCUACACUUGCGAAUGUCAGGACGGUCUCUAUGGUGAUGGUCAGUUCACUUUCGGUGAUGGUAUGCGACGAAAGCGACGAGUUGCUUCUGGUCUCGAAUACUUGCUCGAUAACAACGGUGAUGGUGCCCGAAGCAUGGGAAUGAUCCACACUUUGGUCAACGCUAUCCCAUCCUACGAAGAUGUCCGAUCCGGCCAGAGCGCUGCUCCUAAGGGCUGCAUCAACAUCGACGAGUGCUUCUACGAGCUUGACAACUGUGCCGACGGUGAGAUCUGCAUCGACAACCCAAUGCCUACUGGCCCCGACGACAAGUUCUUCUGCUUCCCAGAGACAACCACUCCGCCACCACCAACCAUUUCCCCAACCGCUUGCUUCAUGGCCCAGCGAGAGUGCGACCCCGACGCCGACUGCUACAACCACCCAACUCAGCCCGGUGACGUCAUGUGCAAGUGCCGAGCCGGUUUGGAAGGUAACGGUGAGCUCUCACGAGAUGAGCGAGGAAACAAGAACCGAGGCUGUAAGGAUAUCGACGAGUGCAAGGAAGGAACCCACAACUGCCAGUCUUUCCAGAACGAGUUCUGCAACAAUCUCUUCGGAACCUUCGACUGCAUCUUCAACGAGCGAUGCAACGGCCCAACCAAAUGCCAUCCACUGGCUACUUGCAUGCCACUUGGCGAGAACGACUACACUUGCUCUUGCCCAGAAGGCUACAGCGGAGAUGGUAUGGGCAUCCGAGGAUGUCUCGAUAUCGACGAGUGCGACGAUGGAAGCAACAUGUGUCACCCAACUGCUUUCUGCUUCAACAAGAUGGGAGGAUACGAGUGCAAGUGCCCAGAUCUCUCACCAAUCGCCAUCAUGGAAGAAUGUCCAGACGAUCCUGUUUAUCAUUUUUCUAAAACAUUCAGCAACCCAGGUUUUGUAUUUGGGAUGACAAGCGCCAACGAAUGUGGAGAAGACGUCUCAAAAAAGUAUAAUCUUAUUGAGCAGAAGUUAAUUUUUCCUCAGAAAGAAGACCACUCUGAACAUAUCUUCUUGCCAGAUGCCAUGAAUGCAAAGCUUUGUUGUCAACACUCUCUUUCAACAACAACUUCCGUUUCGACUUUCUCAUGA